AUGGAUAGGUUGGAUUGGUGUGAAGAGGUGGAUCGUCAGGAGGAGUUGAACCUUCAGCGACAGAAGCAGAAGGAGCAGGAAGAAUCGAAAGCACAGAACGAGCGCGUGACGAAGAAUAUGGCGGCGGCUAAGCCGACACUCGACGCGCCCUCAAAGGAACGGCAGGACAUAGCUUUAGUCAAACGAGGCGGUCUCAUCCAAUUGCCGUUGUCGAUUCAGCAAGAAACCCGUGAGUCGAGAGGCUUGAGACGUGAUGGAAGGAAGGAACCGACUGCACGUAGAGGCCGUCGGAGCCGAAACAGCGAGAGCAGCUAUCGUCGCAUGCCAGGCAGAGGCGGCAAUGGCAUGGACAGGGUUGACAUGCGGAGACCCAGCACCCCGGAUUACACCAGUUAUCUUCCAUCUAAGCCGAGCGUAAGUCCAUACGGAAAACUGAUGGACAACUGCAACGUUCGCUAUUCAUACUACUCAAAUCCGGACAUAUGCUCGGAAAAUUUUGUAAACGACAUUCCUCGAAAUCUGGCUCCAACCAUCUUUACAGAGAUCACUGAGAUAGAGGCACAGAUGGGAAUUAAUGGACCGUGCGGCAGUUUUGAUGAGAGGACUAUCGAUUUGGACCGCGUUUUACGUCUGAGGAAACAACUGGAAAAGCUCUACCACGAUGCAGUUAUUGCUGACGUUGAGUACGCAUUUCGCCACAACCUAGAACACUGUAUGUGGAAGAUGGCGUUCUAUCAGCCGGUUGAGUUGCUGCGUUUCCUCGCAUCGUCGUCAUCCAGCCAAGCUGAUCGGUGUCAAAGCUUGCUACUGCACCUGCUUGAGGAUGCACCUCAGUUCUAUGAAAACUUCAUCAACGAGUAUGAGCAGAGAUACGGAUUUUUUUUGACAGAUUAUUUCCGCCACAUCGACGAAGAUUUAAGUAAGCCUCUUAAGCCAGUAAUAAAGUCAUCGGUUCGCCAAGUUAAACUGGCGCUUCACUCAAGCCAACGCUUCCUUAUCGCUCUUGGUGAUCUUGCGAGGUAUCGUGAACAGUUCAAUUCACCGUCGAAUUUUGGAAAGUCUAGAAGCUGGUACAUAAAAGCGGUACAGCUUGCCCCACAUAACGGUCGUCCGUAUAAUCAGUUGGCUUUGUUAGCAGUCUACACGGUGGACAACUGUGAAGAACUGAUGAGGGCGGAAUUCGAAUAUCAGCGUCUUAACUGUAAGGGCUCGUUUGAAAACGUCGAAAGACGGCGUCGGGCAUGCCGAGAGAUUUGGAUCAGUCCCGAUGGUGUGAAGUCGAGCGAAAUACAGGACGAGGUCAGCAUCCCUUCUGAAACGGAAUUGUUGACAAAGCCAAGUACGCCUGAGCUUUUCAGGCGAUGUGUUAUGUAUUUUCUUUAUCUGACGGGAAUGCUGUAUACAAAAAUUGGCAUGGAAAAGUUCGAAACGUUCGCAGUGAAAAUGUUGGUUCAGUUUCAGGAGCUGUUGGAAAGGGAUGAUAACCCGACGUCGGCGCUCAGCCUUAUACAAAUUAUCAUGAUAUCGUUAUUUAUCGUGCACCAUACGUCGAUCAAAGAAGUUGACAAUGACAUCUGUUUUGUUUUGCAACACAACGCGGUACAGUUGAGCCUGAGCAUUUUCGGCAUAAUUUUGAAGAGAGUGAAGGACAUGUUGUCGUCAGAUGAACUUGCGCAACCGUCGAAAGAACUGCACUUAUUCCUGCCGUCUCUGCACAUAUUUUGCCAAUGGAUGGCUACUCCAGCAACCUACAAGUUGUACUCGAGCUUAGUUAGCUUGGAUGGCGUCGAAACUGAAAGGUUUUCCCUUGAUAUCUGGUCGACGUUUGCUGAUGUCUGUAACUUUCUGGAAAGUUCCAGAGAUAAAGGAAUUUUCAAAAUUUGUUUACAAGAUAAAAAUGACGAUGGCAAUGACGAAAUCGUUUUGCCAGAAGACUUUUACUGUAGCGCAUUUUUCGACGUUUUCGAGUCAAUGCCUGUCACUCGUUUCGUGGACAAAGACAUGGAACUAGAGGAAGAUGAUUCUCAAGAUGGAGAAAAGAUCAGAGUCAGCGACUUGGUUAAUGACGUUCCUUUAUCUGACGAUGCACGGCUUCUGCGCAUGUAUCAACGAAGUUCAGAGGCAAAGCAGGCAGUUCUCGAAUCAGAAAAGUGCCAGAUUGAACUAGAGAUUUGUCCUUCUUACGUCGUUCUCGAUACCAAUGCAUUUAUCUAUCAUCUGGCUUUAAUUAAAAAGUUGAUAGAAGCAAAAAAAUUCGUUGUCGUCAUUCCGUUAGUCGUUCUCAGCGAAUUAGACGGAUUAUGUCGAAGCCAGGAAGACGAAACGGUGGCGUCAAACUCUCGAGCGUCUCUGAACUACCUGUAUGAUGCAUCUGAUAAAGGAACCAAGUUUCUGAAGGCGAUUACGAGCCAAGGGAAUCUGCUGGAUAACUUUCGAAACUCUCACGAAAUGAUUCUUUCUAAGGAUUGUAACGACGACAAAAUUCUAAAGUGUUGCCUCACUUUUUGUGACGAUGAAAAGAAGACGGAAAUCAGAAACUUGAAAGUCAUUUACGUCCGGGGCGGCGACUUGCAGAAGCGUAUGGCGCUUUGUCGGCUUUCGUUGGGAUGCGCGAGAAAGCAGCAGACCGAAUUGUCCGAGACUAACUGUGGUGCAUUAUCACGAACGAUGAUGGUAAGCUCUGAGGUAAUUGCUCCAGAAGAUUCAGAACAGCAUUUGCAAGUGAAGUUUCUUUCGCGCGGCAGCUUGGUUGUCCCUCAGACCGUAUUUUCUUGUCCCGGCAGCGCAGAUGCAGAUCGACUGAAUGACCUCGUUAACAAAAUAUUGAAAGAUUCUGAUGAAUGUUUUGUGGAAGAAAAAUUUGACUUUUUGGUUAGCGGUAUUUUGUUACGACAGUCGUUGAACGAACUCGUCGAAGAGCAUGAUCUUUCGAGGGAAAAUACUAUCGAGAUCGAAUGCGUUCGUCAUGAACCACCGCCAGUGCCAAAGUACAGUUUGCCGCACGACGACUGGGUCGGCGGUGUGUGGCAUAGCGGAAAUCAGUGUGCUUAUAUUUUUCUGUCUGUGUUUAUGUCACUACAUAGGUUUUCUUUUAGCAUCGUUUCUGGUUGCUAUGACAGUUCAGUAAAUGUCUGGUCAAAAGUUGGCAAGCAUCUGGCGAAGUCAUUCGAACACGUUUCCGCCGUCAAGUGUGUGGCAAAGUUGCACAGUAACGAUGGUGAGCUUCGUUGGGUGACAGGAUCAAACGACCAGACGGUACGAGUAUGGAAAUAUGACGUCAUUAACAGCUGCAUCGACUGUCUGUUGAUUGGUCGGGGCCAUGAACGCAGUGUUGAAAGUGUGGGCUGCAGUUAUGAUGGUACACGAAUCGCAAGUGGAAGCUUCGAUGCUCUUCUAAAAAUCUGGAACACCGAUCCAAGUGACGUAACCACUUACCAGGAAAUCAAAGAUCCCGUCAAGAAACAAAGAAAGACUGAUAAAGAAGCGCCUGCUACCAAAUUACUAAAGCAUUGCUGGGCGCUGCUCCACAUAUUUCUAAAUGCGCGACAUUUGUCAUUUUUUCAGACUCCGAUGGUGACCCUAUCAAGUCAUCGCGAGGCUAUAACUGGCAUUUGUUGGUCUGGACGAAACGAAGUAAUAACCGCAAGUUGGGAUCACAGGAUUUUUAUUUGGGAUCUUGAAAUGGCUGGUGUUAAAGAUAGCCUUGCUGGAACAAAAGCCUUUACUUCCAUCGAUUAUUCCGAUUUAAGUAAUUUACUGAUCUCAAGUUCAGCCGACAAGUACGUACGUUUAUGGGAUCCUCGAAGCAAAGAAGGAAACCUGGUGAAGUGCACGUUUUCGUCUCACAAAUCAUGGGUGACUCAGGUGCGCUGGAACCAAACGAAUUCCAACUUGUUUUUGUCCGCUUCUUACGACAACCUUCUCAAAAUGUGGGACAUUCGAAGCCCCAAACUUUGUCUUUAUGACCUCAGUGGGCACAAAGAUCGACUACUGUGUUGUGACUGGUCGUGCAAGGAUUACGUUUUAAGCGGCGGUGUUGACUGUACUGUCAAAGUUUAUAGUACUGAGGGUUCCAAAAUAAAUCCAUGA